AGUCUGAAAGUAAGGAUGAACUUGCUGGCACUGCCAGCACCUUUCUUCACUGGUGCCAGUGACCUGUACCCCGACAGUGGGAGGCUGCCUGAAGUCACCUACAGGACACCGUGGAUCAGAGGAAAGGUGAUGUCCACCUGCAAACUCUUUGUCAGUGGGUCUGUGCUUGAUGACCUUGGAGAAAAAAAGCAACUGGUUGAUUUACCAGAAAGAUUUAAUGUGACACUGAGUGCGAUGAAAGGGGAUGUGGAGGUGAUACCCAGCUCUAAUCCUGACUCAUUGAAGGAUGUAGACCAGGAUGAGAAGGUUUGCCUUUUAAACAAGUCACAGAUCAAUGAUCCAUGUCAGGAAUCAUUUUUCACGUGGACAACUGACGAGAUGAACCCUGGAAACAAGAACAGAGAUCUCCUGCUAGAAGAGCUCAUGCUUGUUGAUUACAUGCCACAGUUUAAGAGACAUUUGCCCACACUGAAAGCCAAACUUUCCAGGCUGAGGACCUUUCCUGUGGCCGACCCUCUGCUGAGCUCAACAGGAGAUACCAUCUCUGAGGACACUGUAUUCAGACACUGUGCGUCUUAUGAAAAACCUGAUGUGAACGGCAGUGACAUUCAGACGCGUGCAAACAUCAAUGAGGAGUUUGGGAAAGAGCCACUGAUGAAGGAGGAGUCUCUGCUCUUGCCGGAUGUAGUGGACACAAUGAAUCAGAGCCGAGAAAAUUGCACCACUUUUUCAAGCAUUUAUGGUUGUAUGAGUGUUGCUCCUGAACAGCUGGAUGAGCAGCCUCCGGUCCUAGAUGUGCUUCAUAAAGCUUCCCUAUCAGAUGUACCAGUGUUGGUGGACAUUUUCCAGUAUGAAAUACCCGAAGAGCCCAGCAAGGCGAAUGGAGGCCUGAUAGAGUCAGAGUGGGCAGGAUGUGUGAUGCUUCCAACUGAAAUGGAGCUGGACGUGCCUUUGACGUCGACUCCCGACACCAGUCAAGCCCAAAUCUGUCCGUCCACAUGUCAACUCCAGGAGGAAGAACUGUCACCGCUCCACAGACGAUCAUUGGUGUCAGUGGGAGCUCAGACAGAGAUGGAGGCAGCACUCUGGAAGGCAGAGAAGCAUCCAACCUUUGUGGUUGGCUUUUUGUUGGCAGAGCCUCAAAUAUGUGAACCAGCUGUUGCCUUCCAGCCUCUUUCUGAAGCCUUGAAAGUCAUAAAGUGUGAGAAACAAAGCUUUGAGUGCGUUGGUGAGAAACCGCAGUAUCAGGUGGGGACGGGAGCCCCACAGGUGUUCACAGAGAACAUGAGGUGUGAGUUUUCCUCCACUAAGCAGGAAGAGAUGGAAGACUUCAAAAAACUGUCACCUGGACGUGUGGAGUUCACAGUUGGAUCCAUCCUGAGGAACCCCUCAUGCAAAACUCAGUCGCCUCACCUGAAGAAAUCUGAUGCGGCAGCUCUUCAUGCUGAAACUACUGCAGAUGACGGCCUUCUUCAGAGACAAACAGUUGCUGAUACGUGUGCAGUGAUGCACACUGUCAACACAAACAAUAAAGUAAAAUCUGCAGCCUUAAUAUUUUCAAAACCCUCUGCCACCACCAAAGAUGAAGUUUCAGACAAGAGGUUUUCAGAAGUUGCAGCUUUGUUUUUUGCUCGUAAGAUCAACACAGGUGGAGACGACUGUAAGACAGAGCAGAGCGCUGGCAAUCACAGAAGUCUGCUGGUUACGAGACGUCCACCAGAGAAGGACCUGGACCCUCUGUCCAUCUUCAUGAUACUGAGAUCUCAGCAGAGGGCUGCAGUUUCCGCAACACCUCAGAGUUUAGCCAGCACUCAGCCAGCACCACAGGUGAACCAACCGACACCUGUGCUGCAGCCGUCUCCAGAGCUGAUGCAAAGAUCAGACAGGAGGCCAGCGAAUAUGAGUGGUGCUGUGUCAGGAAAUGUUACCAGAGCUUUAAAGUCGACGGGUCAACACAUCAGUCAUCCUUUGAGUCAGUCCGGCUCUCAGGACGGACAGAACGGCAGAGUGGUACAAGUCAAAGCUACCGACAGCCAGCAGCGUGCCUACUGUGAGCUGCUGGCCUUCGCUCAGCCUUGCUUGAGCUCUGCCAGACAGCUGGGGCUCAGCCUCCCGGUGUGGGGAGACUUCAGCUGCCUGGCCCCAGACCAAACACACUUCCUCCUCAAGCAGCAGAAGGCUCUCUGCAGGACACUUGCACAGAGCGCAGAGUCAGUCAGAGAUCAGGAACUGCUGUUCAACCAGGCAGCUCUGAUUCAUGUGCUGGUGACGUUCAAGGAGCUGCUGCUGAAUUGCCACCUCAGUACUGCACUGGAGUACCUGACCCAGGCAGCUGAGGCCUGUGCAGAGCCUGAGAGUCUGGAGAAGCUGGUGAAGAGGCUGACGAUCAUCCUCUACCUCAGUCACAAGAACCGGGAGUCCAACCUCAAAGUGCUGCAGCUGCAGCAAGUGCUGGCAGCAUGGCUGCACAGCAGGAAAGGACAGGACACCACAGAGAAAGUUCUCGUCCUAUUAUCAGUUGACUGUGACGACAGCAGAUCUAUAAUCAUCAACAGCUUGAGACAAGUGACUGGGGCUGCUGUAACUGCAGUUUAUCCCGAGAAGGACAAGAAAAAGCUAAACGGUGCCAGUGUGGUCAGCAGCAUCCGCGACAGCGUGUGUGUGUUGGUGUGUGAGCAGCAUGUCGGCCCCGACUUCCCAUGGAACUGUUUCUCUCUGGCUGUGGAGUACGACCAUCCAGGCCAAUCAGCAUGGACCACGGUCUGCAGGGAGAGGAGCAUCAGUCACCUCACCUUUAACACAGUCAUCUCUGACACUGACAAGAAGGACAAGGCCUCAUGGUGCCUGGAGGACAAUGUGCCAUAUGUGUUGUUUGUGACAGAGGGGCUUCUCAACUGUCAACUGCUGCUACAGACCCUUGAGUCAGGGUUUAACAUGACUGUGCUGGAGAGGAGCCACUGUCCGUCCUUGCAGAUGCUCGGAGGGACCCAUCACUACGCUGUGAUCACAGUGGAUGAAAGCACUGCCGUCAUCAUUCAGGAGCAGGACGAGCUGUGUCAGGGGAGAGCCAGUGAAGCAGUGGUGAUGAGGCUGACCGCUCUCUCUCUGCAAUACAGCUGUUGUUGGCUCAUCCUGCACUGCCCAAACAGCCAGGGAGGAGGAUUUUCCAGCGAAGCCUUCAGCAACUUGGUGCUGGUUUACUCGUCUCUGGUGCUGUUCAGCAUGAAGUCCGAGGAUCUAGACAUGAAGGUGCUGAUUGUGUCUGACCUGGUGGAACUAGCCAGAUGGAUCAGUCAGAUCUGCUUCCACAGCCUGAUGGCCAGUGACAGGGACCCUCUGGACUACCUGGACAGAGACUGGUUGACCCUGAUUCCGUCAGAGGAGGAAAACUGUCUGUUGCAGUUCCCAUGUAUUAACCCUCUGGUUAGUCAGCUAAUGCUGAGGAGAGCGCCGUCCUUCCAGUGGCUGCUGGGGGCCUCUCUGUCUCAGCUGAAGGAGCUGCUCCCUGAGGUGCCACAUAAAGUCCUCAAGCUGUUCAGUGAUACCACCUCCCUGUACACUCAGACCACAGACCCAAACCAGCCAGAGUCUCAGACAGCCAUCACUGAGGCAAACCAACAAACCAGCCCACCAGACAGUCCCUGGGCCACCGCUGCUGACCCCAAGCACAUUAACUCUGAUCCACAACCAGAAUCCAACAUCGGCCCCAAUCCAGAACUGUUCUGUAGUGACCACAACACCAGCCUCCUGUUAAGAGCUGAUCGUAGCUUCUGUGAUCCAGACCUUAUGGUGCAGGAUGGCAACAUAGAUUUCAGACUCGACCUGAGUUCUUCCUUUGGUGGCCCAGAUGUUCCCCUCCAGAGGAGCUGGACCCACACUGAUCCACUGAAAGAGGAGGACAGAUGCAGAGAGCGGGUGAAGUUAUCUGGCUGGAUAGGCAGAGCUGGAGCAGUGGGGGAAGUUGUUGAAAGAGUAAACAACGAGUGGACACAGAGAGCUCCAGCAAAGCUUGACAGUCUCUUCAAGCUGGACCCCACGUUCAGUUACAGCCCCAUCCUGCAGCAGCAGGCCAACGGUCACAUGUCCCCUGCAGUCCACAGUGACCUCCACUGCAUCUCCUACAGCCCGAGCCCUCCUACAGAGGUCAUGCUGUGGGGUCGAGGGCAAAGCAGCAACCACUGCCUCACCAGCACCGGAGAGACAACAGCACUUUCAGCUAAAUAUGGCUCCAAAUUCUGGAUGGGACAAGAGAGGAAGAGGAGCUGCGAGGCUGCAGGCUUGAUUGGAGCAGUGUUGACUCCACUGAAGAAGGGCAGGUUGAGCUAUGAGAGGGUGCCCGGCAGAAGUGACGGACAGACGAGGCUUAAAUUAUUUUAA